AUGAGCUGGCAGCCCUACCUAGCGAGUGACAAUACCCGUCGACCACCCGACUUGUCGGGCGAGGCGGGUAAAUUUAGGGGGCGACGCACCUGCACGCGCACAAAAUGGCCUGCCAUCUGGAGGCCCCCCACCGGCAGGCGACUUAUGUGCGAGAUCCGGUCGAUGGAAAAUGUGAAGAAUAGAGUCUCCUGUCUCGUUGCACAAGUAGGUUUUAGGGCACCAGUACUACUGUUGCGGUGGGACCAAGCGGUGGUCAGUCACUUCGAAGAGCAAACUCCGGCGAUGAUACCCUUGCUAGCUGCCAUCCUCUUGGCCGGAGCCGCGGGCGCCGGCCCGGUCCUCGUGAGCGACGCCUGCGGGAGCGACACAACGACGAACGAUGACCUUGCGCGGGGACGGUGUGCCGUGGAGACGGUCUCCCGAAAUAUGAAGGCGAAGGAGAGACCGGCGGAGUUAAAGGUGGAAGCGGAGGGGAAGCUGUACUCGGUUCCUGAGGGCGUGGAGAUGCUCACCCCGCCUCCGCAGGGCGAGUUGGACCAGUGGUGGAAGGAGUUCUUUCGGAAGUUCAGGGAGUUCUGUUCCGGCGGAGCAAACAAAGCGAAGGUCGUUGGUUCGGAUUCAGCACGACCAUCAGGGGACGCUGCGGGGGACCAGGGCAACAGCAGCCAAAGCGACAGCGAUAACGGUGGCGACGACGACGGCACCGUGCAGGGGGAAGCGGCGGUGGCAAACAAGGACGUGCGGUCCGCGGGGGAGCACUCUUGCCAGAUCUGCUUCGACCAGGACCAUUCCACCGUGAUGCUGCCCUGCGGACACGGCGGCCUGUGCUGGGACUGCGGCCUGCAGAUCUACGCCCUCACGGAGGAGUGCCCCAUGUGCCGGACCAAGAUUGAGCUGCUGGUACAGUUGGAUGGCGAGAAGCGAAGAUAUGAAGGAGAGGACGAGUACGUCUCGGCCCUUUGCGCGUAAACGUUUUUCGGGGGUCCGCGUGAGUCCGACCGUCGGUGCUACGUCUCGCUGUCUCUCGCUCCUUUCCCUCUACGUGUCUUUCGGUAUCUUGUACUUGGCACUUGGUCGGCGGGUGUAUGUAGGCGGGCGGGAUUUUGACUUGAUCAUGGUUUGUUUUAUCUCUUGAGUCCCCGGAUCGUGAUUAGAGCAGGAUUCCCUUGAGCUGCGGAAGUUCUAGAGCCUUCCUUGUCGCCGACAAGGCCUUUUCGUUGUCGUUGACGGUGUGCGCGUGCUCGGCCUCGCUGGUUUUCUCCAUCUCUCGCCUUGAGAUCUGUAUCGGAAAUUUAUUAGUGUCGGGCGCGCGCGAGAGGGGCGAACGGAUCGAGCCGGAAUUGAACGGCAGGGGAGGGCGGAGACGAACAGCCCUUAGAGAGGUACAUGACGGCAUCGCCUGUUUUUCUUGUGUCGUCGAGCUGUUAGACCGUGUUUCCGGGGCCCCGCCGUGGUGCUGGCGGCGGGGCUCUCGCGAUGAGCAAGGGUGGAUGGCGAGGCCCCCUGUCUGUCCGCAUGUAUGUAUUGAUGGUUGAUUUGGUGUGUGUGCAUAGGUGGUAGAGAGUGUCGUGCGAUGAUGAGUUUGGACCACUACAACAGCCGUUCUCGCCGUUUUCCGGACAAGCAAAACGGUGUUUCUAGAGAGAAUUGCGUGGCUUUGCCGACCCGCGGGGUGGAACCUGUCGAGGAUGUCCAACACCACGACGAUUUGGUAUCGAAGCUCCCCAAGUCAGUAGGUGGAUAGUUCACGCACACACACACACGUCUGCGGUUGUUGGUGUUCGCCUUGUUUUUGGCUUGGGCGUGUGUUUUUUGUUUGUUGCUCGCUCGAACGUCGUUCGUUUGUCAAAAGCCGGGAACGCGCGGCGGUGGUGGCGUUGAGGAGGAUGAGGCCACGGGACGCUGGGCAGACGUGUCUGUCGAUCUGCCUGUUGUAGUUUUUCGUGUUCUUGCUGGGCUGGCGCGCCUGUCUCAACAGAGGGCUUGUUGUGAUGAAGAUGUGUGUUUUGUGUGCGCGUGUGGCUCCCUCGCUUUGUGGUCGCUCAUCAAUCGACUCCGACUCAGUCCGUUGUCGUUGCCCCUCUCACGGAAAUAGUUGCUGUUUUCGUGUUAUCUGAGUUUUCGUGGGGCAUGGCCAACAGGUCUUUCCCGUGUCCUUUCUCUUUGUUUUCGUAGCACCUGGCCGAAGUGGUUUCUUCUGUUUUCGUACAACUCGGCCUGAUUUUUCGGGUGGCCUGAGAUCCUUGCAAGCAAGGUAUUUUUCGGAGUGAAUCGUGAGGGGGAGGUGUGUUGCGCGCUCGUUCGUGCCGCUACAACUCACGUGCCCCCCGGAAUGUGAUCACUCCGUUGAGCGUGUAGAACGCUUGUCUGUCUAUUGCUCCCGGAUCUCUAGCUGUUCGUUAUCGUGCCAAUGGUGUUGCUGUUCA